ACGUGGCUACUUUCUCUCCUCCUCGCCUUUCCUUUGCUGCUCGGAAAGCGGAUGGCUCAAACGGACUCGGGGUGCAGUGGGGCUCAAUCCUCUAUUCCAGGAGCUUUUUAAUCCCCCCCCGCACUUCCUGCGAAUGCUGUGAGCAAAACAAUAUCCGCCGAGAUGGAAGAAGUACAGUCCCAACCUGGCGUGGCUUUUCUGAAUGUGACCUCGAGCUACGUGCCCCACACCAAGGUGGAGUGUCACUACAGCCUGCCGCCUGGCAUGAAACCAUCCGCCAGAGACUGGAUUGGGAUAUUUAAGGUGGAGUCCUCUUCAGUGCGUGAUUAUUAUACCUUUGUGUGGUGCACAGUUCCAGAUGGAGGAGCUUCCGCAGGAGCCCUUCUUCACUGUAAUGUUCAGUUCCAAGCCAGCUACCUGCCCAAGCCAGGCCCACAGCAGUACCAGUUCCGCUACGUGGAUCGCCGUGGGGAGGUGCGUGGUCAAAGCUCCCCUUUCCAGUUCAGCGAGCCGCGGCCCAUGGAUGAGCUCGUCACUCUGGAGGAGGCGAGCGAUGACGGUGGGGGCACCGACAUGUUGCUGGUGGUUCCCAAGGCCGCCCUGCUGGAGACACAGUUGGAAGAGAGCCGGCAGGAGCAAGGAGCCCUGCUGCAGGAGUCGUGCCGCCUGAAGGAUGAGGUUCAAGAGCUGAGAAGCCGUGUGGCGGAGCUGGAAGCAGUCCUGGGCACGCUUCGGGAUGAACACACCAAGCUGGCUGCACAGUACAAGGAAUUAUCGAAUUCUUUUGCGGAAGUAUCCGAGCAGAGAGAUACACUAAGCCUCCAGGAAGCUGAGCACGUGGCCCGAAUCCGAGAGCUGGAGGGUGACAUCCAGGCCAUGGGUGAGAAGAUGCUGCAAAGAGAGACGGAGUUAGACAGAAUGAAAGAUACUGUCAAGUCUCUGCUGCGUGAACAGGAGCAGAUUCACAACCAGCUCAAAGAGGAGAAUGCAGAGAAGGAGCAGUACCAGGUAAAGCUGCAGGCCUCAGAAGAGGAGAGCCGCAGCCUGGCCUCUGAUCUGCAGGAAGCGAAGACCCUCCAUGGGGAGAAGGUCUCACAGACUCUGGGGCUGCAGGAGGACAUCAGCAAAUUGCAGCAGAAGCUGACGGCUGCUAAUCGCCGCACCGUGCAGAUGGAGUCUCUGUGCGAACAGCUGCGCUCCACGCAGGACGUUCUGGCUGCCAGCCAGCAGAAAGUGGCUCUCUUGGGGGAAGAGUUGGCCAGCGUCGCCUCCAUCCGGGACCGCACCAUCUCCGAUCUGCACAAGAGCCGCCUGGAGGCAGCUGAGAUCAACAUCAAGCUGGCUGACAUGACUCUCAAGUGGAAAGAGGGCAAAGGCCAGUGGUGGAAGGAGAAGGCCACACUGCUGCAGAGCAUGGAGGCAGAGAAGGACAAGAUCCUGAAGCUGAGCGCCGAAGUGCUGCGCUUGGAGAAGAGCCUGCAAGAAGAGCGGGCACAGCGCCAGGUCUUGCGUUUGGAGUUGGCACAGGAACGUGACUCCAGUCUGGUGCAGGUCUCUGAGAGCCGCCGGGAGCUGCGAGAGCUGCGAGCUGCGCUUCAGGUUGCCCAGAAGGAGAAAGAGCAGCUCCAGGCCGAAAAGCAGGAGCUGCUGGUAUACAUACGACGCCUUGAGGAGCGUCUGGAGAAAGUGGCCGACGAGAAAUGGAGUGAAUCUAUUCUCUGCGAUGAAGAGGAGGCAGCGCCAGAGACUCCUGGCUCCCUGGACUCGCCGCUGUCCGACUCUGAGGAUGAGUGUCCCGAGGACAUGCGCCUGCCUGCGCAGCUCGGGUCCUACAGUUUGUGUGACAACCGGGCAGCUACUACCACUCCGCCUUGUGCCCGGGGACCCGCUCACACCGUGGUGAUCAGCCAGCCGGCACCCAUUGCCAAUCAGAUCAAGCAGCCGCCCGAGGAUUCCAGUUCCGACUCGGAGGCUGAGGACGAGAAGGCAGUGCUGAUGGCAGCUGCCCAGAGCGGUGGCGAAGAAACCAACCUGCUCCUUCCAGAGCUGGGCAGCGGCUUCUAUGAAGUGGCCAGUGGCCUGACAGGGCGGCAGAUGUCGGAGCCGGGGGCUUGCGGCAUGGGGGUCUCUCCCUUAGACCUGCCCUCGCCGGCCCAUUGGAAGGAGUGCCCCAUCUGCCACGAGCGCUUCCCGCCCGAGAGCGACAAGGAAACGUUGGAUACACAUGUUGACGGGCACUUCUUUUUCAGCACCCAUGACCCCUUCACCUUUGAGUAACCGUUUCUCCCCCCCCCCCGAACCCCCUUCCUCCCAACCACCACCAUGCCCCUUCUGUUUUCCCCUCUCUCUUCCAUGGGAUCCAGGCUGGGUAUAUAUUCCCUCCCUUCUCCCUUGAUAGUGAGAUUGCUAUGAGGAAUGCUUUGCCCCAGGAAGGGUAGCUUCAGCUGCUAGGUGGUAGCAAGGGACUCCCAACUUCCUGGGACGCCCUCUCCACAGUCAGAGUCAACUUGCAUUAGGAGCAGCAAAGUUAGUUAUGUACACACACACACACACACACACACACCUAUAUGUGCACACAUUAAGCCAAGCUGAGUGUCAGUGACUGAGAGCUCAGAAGUUAAGAGCGUGUCUUCAUGGCACCCAGGGUAGGCACAUGUGUGCUGGGGGGGGUAGAACGUGCCAGCCUCGCCGCCAAUGCAACGCCAGCCCCGAUGAUCCCAGCCUUGCAGAGUGGCUCAGGGAGGGUGGUGUGAGAAAGUCACAACAGCCUUGCACCUCUUGAUCCCAGGCUCACCCUCGCUUUGCAAGACUGGGACCGAAGAGCACAUGGCUGUUGUGUCCUUCUCAUGCCACCCUGCCAGUGCGGGCUGGAGGGGCAGCAUGGGGAGGGCGCAGCGGGGCAGGCAGGCGCCCUUUGGUGCAUGCCCGUUGUGCCCUCCUGAUGCCCUGCCAACCCUCUGCUGUUUUGUGAGGCUGGGAUAUGGGAGCAGACCCGCAAAGCAGCACAGGGCUGGCAGGGGCAAAUUGCACCCUCCAAAAAACGGCACCCAGGGCAACGGCACCCCUUGCCCCCCCCCACGCUACACCUCAUGAGACCCUGUUUACUCACAGCCAGUUAUCCAGCGAAGGCAAGCGAGUUUGGAAAAGGCCGUCAAUCCCUGGCAAACUCAGAGGCCUCUUGACUCUCCUCCUCUUGCUCAUCCUGGCGAAACCAUAACAAAGGGGUAGUUGACAUGGCAUCGCCCAUUGGACUCCAACUCCCAUCAGCCCCGGCCAGCCUGGCCAGUGAUGAAGGGUGAUGGGAAUUACAGUAACAGCGAUAGCUAGAAGGCACCGCAUUGGCUGCCCCCACCCAAAACAGGCCUUGCGAACGGUUGCCACCUUUUGGUGGGCAGAGCUCUCCGUUCAGCGGAGAUUCACUGCAACCUCAGCGAAAGGGUGUCCUGUGAUUCUUUGUUCAUGCAACAUGGGUUGCUUGUUCUUUUAACCACAGAACACUCUUAAAAUGGUAAGCACAGCCUCAUAGUGUUGGGCAGUUCACACAUGAAUCGCCCGUUCGCGAAGGUGGUGCUAUCAUCCUCACAUCCUUUUGCAGUUGUAGCCUGGGGACAGAAGAGUCACUGGGACACGUGGCAUUUUGGUAUUCCACUCUGAGCACCAGAAUGCCAAAAGUUCACAAUCAUGCAUGGUGACACACGCACACGGGUGGGUUUCUCACUCAAAGUCCAUUCGCUCCAGCUGUUGGCCCUGGUAGCGUAGGAAGCAACACGGGUCAAGUUGUUCAGGAAAACCCAAAACACAUUUUAAGAAUUAUUGAACUGCUAAGCCCCAUGGGCGCCAUGACUGCGAUCCCUGCACUGAUAAGCUUUGGCCAUGAGUUUGAAGCAUACUGUAUACAUGGUGGUAAAGGGAUUCAUAGCACACCCACAAGUACACAUAACAUGCACCCGUCUUAAGACCCUUGAUGGGGUCUGGACCUGUACCAUCCUUCCCACACACUUGAGAUCUCAGUCAGAGGCCCUCUUGGGGAGUCCACACCUUAGCUCUGUCUCCUCUGUAGCAGCUUCAUGCCUUUGGAACUCCCUCCCACUAGAACUGUGGCAUGCCGCAGGGUUUUGCAGAAGGCCUCUGAACCUGUUUUGCAUUGGCAGCCUUCCCCGAAUAAUGUUGCCCCUUUUGUUGGAUCGAAGCUGGAAUGUUACGGAGGUUUUGAGUGUGCUUUAUCUUUUCUUUUUCUUUUUUUUGUAACACUGGUUAUAUAUAAAUAUAUAUAGUUGCA